AUGGAUAAAUAUGUCAUUAAAAACCUGAAGAACCUGAAACCCAAUUAUGAUGCUGGAAUAAGUGGAGGAUCUAGUAGUAAAUUUGAUUUGAAUGACUCCGGCUCCCUAUCAGACUGUUGCAGUAAAAAUAAGAAGCUAAAAUCAAAUCAUGGAGCUGCAGUUGCAGGACCAAGUACUCCUAGUAGUAGUAGUAGUCAUAGUAUGUGUAAGAGUACAUUAUUUGUGGUUACUGAGACUGACUCUGAGGCUGAAGCGGAACUCCAGAAUGUAUCUUUAGAGGUAGAGGUGGAAGAUAAUGGAAGCAUAUUUGACAAAAGCGGAAAUGAAGAAGACCAUACAGAAGACAUGGUGGAAUCUGUUCAGCCUGUGGUUCAGAAAAAGAAUCUCAAUAUUUACAAGCAUAAAUUUCAAGAGAAGUGGCUACAGAUUUACCCGUGGUUGAGGUUUGAUAAUAAUAAAUUAUUGUGCUAUCCUUGCAACAAACAUUUAGGAUUCAAAAUCUAUGACAUUAAAAGACAUGUAGAGGCAGCAUCCCAUAAAAAAAACUGUUCGAAGCUGAGAAAUACACCAAAAAUAACCAACGUCUUAGAAAGUGAAGCAGUUUUAAAAAAACACCAGCAAGUAAAGAGAGCAGAGUUGAAAAUUUGUGCAUUUUUGCAUGAACACAACUUACCUUUUUUAUUAGCAGAUCACUUACCAAAGUUCAUAAGAAGUAUAUGCCCUGACUCAGAUAUUGCCAAAAAUAUCAACUGCAGUCGCACCAAAGCUACAUAUUUAACUAAUGAGUGCAUAAAUCUUGAACAGUUGGAAUAUCUAUCAAAUAUAUUGAAGAAAAGCAAGUUUUCAUUGCUCAUUGACGAAACUACAGAUAUAAGCACUGAAAAAUCUCUAGCAAUGGUGAUAAGAUUCUAUGAUGAUUAUAAUAAAAAGAUAAACCGCACUAAUCCUGGUACACAAUGUCAAGGUCAGUGCCAUGAUUUCUAUCACCUGAAGUGUGCGAAACUACCGUCUGGGUUCACUGACCUCCCAGCUGAUUGUGGUAUUGCUUGGUAUUGUAAACAAUGCAAGUCUGAUGUGGGGAAGAUGUCUCCUGUACUUAAUGAGCUGGUGCAGAAAAUAGAUCUAAUACGGAGCGACACAGUUGCCUUGAAAAGUCAACAAGCUGAUGUUUUCAAAUCACUCACUUUCUAUGGUGAAAAAAUUGAUGAUUUCAACGCGAAAAUGGAGGAGUUCAAAUCAGUGAUUAAUCAAGUGGAGACUUUGAAACGUGAAGUCUCCACAAUGAAAGAGGAGUGCUCUCUCCUGAAAGGGGAACUAGAAACAGCAGAUGCUCUGUAUAAUCAGAUAUGUAGUGUGAGUUUUGGAAAAGGCGACUCUAUUCCUAAGAAACAUCAACAUGAUAUUCCCAAUGAACAGACAAAGUUAGCAGGACGUCCUUCAGAUAAAAAUAAAGAAGACCUAUUAGAAAUAUGCAGGUGGCUCAAGGAAAAUGAUGAACCAAUUUCAGUUCAGGACUUGCUGGACAAAAUAGCAGAGCUGCUGCCAGAAAAUAUCGAACCUUACACACUGUUCGUCGUAUGCAUGAAAAAUUAG